AUAUCAAACACCACUUCCACCAACUUUAUCAGAAGCAAUGGCUAACAACAAAAAGAACACUCCUUACGUCUUCCCACAGACACAAUCCACUGUCCUUCCUGACCCCUCCAACUUCUUCUCCUCAAACCUUGUCUCAACUCCACUCCCCACAAACUCUUUCUUCCAAAACUUUGUCCUCAAAAAUAGUGACCAACCUGAAUACAUUCAUCCCUACCUCGUCAAAUCCUCCAACUGUUUCCUCUCACUCUCAUACCCUUCUCGCAAAGCCAGUUCUUCUGUAAUAUACCAAGAGUUCAACCCUGAUCUCACCAUCACCUCUAAGCAAAGUUCCACUGGGAAGCACACAAUCACUUCCUUCACUGAUCUCAGUGUCACUUUGGAUAUCCCUUCUUCCAACUUACGGUUUUUCCUCGUGAGGGGUAGCCCCUAUUUGACUCUCUCCGUGACCCAACCAACCCCUCUUUCCAUCACCACCAACCAUUCCAUUGCCUCCUUCUCUUCCACUGGUUCCACUUCCAUCAACAAAUUCACCAUUAAGUUUGACAACGCCCAAACAUGGCUCCUCUAUGCUUCCUCUCCCAUCGAGUUGAGUCACACCACUUCUGAGAUCACUUCUCAGGCCUUUUCUGGCACAAUUCGCAUAGCCUUUUUACCUAAUUCUGAUCCUGAUAACGAGUCCAUUCUUGAUUUGUUCAGUUUUACUUACCCCGUGUCAGGGAAUGCUGUAAUCAAAGAACCAUUUUGUGUGGAGUAUAAGUGGGAGACAAAAGGGUCUGGAGAUCUGCUACUACUAGCACACCCUCUCCAUCUUCAGCUUUUGUCAACUAAAGACACUGAUGUAACUGUUGUUGAUAGCUUUAAGUACAGAAGCAUUGAUGGGGAUCUUGUUGGUGUUGUUGGGGACUCGUGGAUCUUGAAAACUGAUCCCGUUUCAGUGACAUGGCAUUCUUCAAGAGGCAUUAAAGAAGAAAACCAAGAUGAGAUUGUUUCAGCUCUUGUUAAUGAUGUUGAGACUCUAAAAAUGGGAACCACCGACUCUUACUUAUAUGGGAAACAGAUUGCAAGAGCUGCAAGGCUGGCACUGAUAGCUGAAGAGGUUUUCUUCUAUGAUGUGAUUCCAAAUGUUAGGAAGUUUCUGAAGGAUUCCAUUGAGCCAUGGUUGGAUGGAACUCUGAAGCUGAAUGGGUUCAUGUAUGAUCACAAAUGGGGUGGCAUUAUUACCAGUAAAGGGUCUGAUGAUGCUGGUGCUGAUUCUGGGUUUGGAAUUUACAAUGAUCACCAGUAUCAUUUGGGGUAUUUCCUUUAUGCCAUUGCAGUGCUUGCAAAGAUUGACCCAGCAUGGGGUAGGAAGUACAAGUCCAAGGCCUAUUCACUAAUGCAAGAUUUUUUGAACAUGGACACAGAGUCAAACCCCUAUUACACAAAACUGAGGUGUUUUGACUUUUACAAGUUACACUCUUGGGCUGCAGGAUUAACUGAGUUUGCAGAUGGAAGGAACCAUGAGAGCACUAGUCAAGCUGUGAGUGCAUAUUAUUCAGCAGCCUUGAUGGGUAUGGCAUAUGGUGAUGUGCAGCUUGUUGCCCUAGGAUCAACCCUAGCAGCAAUGGAAAUUCGUGCAGCCAAAACGUGGUUUCAUGUGAAAACGGGUGAGAAAAUCUACGAGGAUGAGUUCACAGUGGAGAAUAGGAUAAUGGGUAUUCUGUGGGCCAAUAAAAGAGACACUGAUGUGUGGUUUACUUCUCACAAGUUAAAAGUGUAUAGGCUUGGGCCUCAUACCUUGCCCGUAAUGCCUAUCUCAGAAGACCUUUUCUCAGAUGUUGACUAUGUGAUUGAGCUUGUGGAGUGGGUUUUGGCUGAUUUGAAUAAGGAAGGUGCUGAGGAUGCAUGGAAGGGGUUUGUCUAUGCCCUCGAAGCAAUUUAUGAUAAUGAAGGUGCAUUGCAGAAGAUAAAGAGUUUAAAAGGUUUUGACGACGGAAACUCUUUGACAAAUCUUUUGUGGUGGAUUCACAGCAGAGGUUAUGGAGAUGAUAAGUAAGAUGGAUAUCAUUUGGAAGUUAAAAUCAUUUUUCUUAUUGUUAUGACAAUAGUUGAUGAUUAUCUCGAUAUUUAUGUAGAAAUAAAGUUAUGAUAAAGUUACAAUGAUAUCAUGCAUUAAUGUAACACACAUCUUUACAAGA